AUGGUUUUUCUAGGAAAUUUAGUUAUUCACGAUUUUGAUACUUCCCUCUCUAUCUUUGAAUUCUUUCUUCCAUUCUUUAUUUUCUUUUGUUUUAUUUUUUUCCUUCAUUCGUUCUUUCUUUCUUUAUUUAUUUAUUUAUUUAUUUGUUCGAUUAUUUCUUGUUCAUUCAUUCACUCUUCAAUUGUUUUCUUUGUUCAUUCGUUCAUUUAUUCAUUCCUUCUUUUUUUCUUCAAUUGUUUUCUUUGUUCAUUCACUUCAUUCAUUCAUUCUUUCUUUCUUUCUUCAAUUGUUUUUUCUUUUUCAUUUUUAUUCAUUCAUUCAUUCCUUUUUUUUUCUUCAAUUAUUUUUUUUUUUGUUCAUUCGUUCAUUCAUUCAUUCCUUCUUUCUUUCUUCAAUUGUUUUCUUUGUUCAUUCGUUCAUUCAUUCAUUCCUUCUUUUUUUCUUCAAUUGUUUUCUUUGUUCAUUCGUUCAUUCAUUCAUUCCUUCUUUCUUUCUUCAAUUGUUUUCUUUGUUCAUUCGUUCAUUGAUUCAUUCCUUCUUUUCUUUCUUCAAUUGUUUUCUUUGUUCAUUCGUUCAUUCAUUCAUUCCUUCUUUUUUUCUUCAAUUGUUUUCUUUGUUCAUUCGUUCAUUCAUUUUCAUUUCCUUCUUUUUUUUUUCAAUUGUUUUCUUUUGUUCAUUCGUUCAUUGAUUUCUUUUUUUUUCAUUUUUUUUGUUCCUUCAAUUUUUUCUUUUUUUUUCUUUUUUUCAAUUGUUUUUUUUGUUCCUUUCAUUCCUUUUUCUUUUUUUUUUGCUUCAAUUAUUUUUUUUUGUUCCUUUUCGUUUUCAUUUUGCAUUCAUUUCUUUUUUCUUUCUUUCUUCAAUUGUUUUUCUUUGUUCAUUUUUUUCAUUCAUUUUUUGCCUCCUUUUUCUUUUGUUUUAUUUUUCAAUUGUUUUCUUUGUUUUUCAUUUUGUUCAUUCAUUCAUUCCUUCUUUUUUACUUUCUUUUCAAUUGUUUUCUUUUUUCAUUCCUUUUCAUUUUGUUUUUUUUUUUUUUUUCUUUUGUUUUGUUUUUUGCUUUUUUCAUUCGUUUUCUUUCAUUCAUUCCUUUCUUUUCUUUGUUUCAUUUUUUUUUGUUCCUUUUCAUUUUCUUUCUUCAUUUCCUUUUUUUGUUUUUUUUUUUUUUUCAUUUUUUUUUUUUUCUUUUUUUUCAUUUUUUCAUUCCUUUUCAUUUUUUUUCGUUUUCCUUUUCAUUUCUUUUUUUUUUCCUUUUCAAUUUUUUUUUUUUUCGUUCAUUUUCAUUCAUUUUUUUUUUUUUUCUUUUUCAAUUGUUUUCUUUGUUCAUUUCGUUUUCAUUUUUUUCAUUCCUUCUUUUUUUUUUCUUCCUUUUCAAUUGUUUUUCUUUUUGUUCAUUCGUUUUUCAUUUUUUUUUUCUUUCUUCCUUUUCAUUUUUUUCUUUUCAUUCGUUUUCAUUUGUUUUUUUUUUUCUUUCUUCAAUUGUUUUUUUUUUUCAUUCCUUUCAUUUGUUUUAUUUUCUUUUUUUUUUCUUUUUAUUGUUUUCUUUUGUUUUUUUUUUUUUCAUUCAUUCCUUUUUUUUUUGCUUCUUUUCUUUCUUUCUUUUUUCAUUGUUUUUUUAUUUUUUUUUCCUUUUCAAUUGUUUUCUUUUGCUUCCUUUUCAUUUUUUUUCUUUUGCUUCCUUUUCAUUUUUUUUUUUGCUUCCUUUCAAUUGUUUUCUUUUUUUCCUUUUCAUUUUUUUUUCAUUUUUCUUCCUUUUUUUUUUUUUUUGCUUCCUUUUCAUUUGUUUUCUUUUUUCCUUUUCAUUUUGCAUUGUUUUUUUUUUCCUUCUUUUUCUUUUUUUUUGUUUUUUUUUUUCAUUUGUUUUUAUUCAUUUUCCUUGUUUUUUUUUUUCAAUUGUUUUCUUUUUUUCUUCUUUUCAUUCAUUUUCAUUUUAUUUUUUUUUUUUUAUUUUUAAUUGUUUUCUUUUUUCAUUCCUUUUUCAUUUGUUUUUUUUUUUUUCUUUGUUUUUUUUGUUUUUUUUUUUUUUUUCCUUUUCAUUUGUUUUAUUUUUGCUUUUUUCAUUUGUUUUCUUUUUUCUUCCUUUUCAUUUUUUCUUUUGCUUCCUUUUCAUUUGUUUUAUUUUGCUUCAUUUUCAUUUUUUUUUUGCUUCUUUUCAUUUCAUUUUUUUUCUUCCUUUCAUUUUCUUUUGCUUCAUUCAAUUUGUUUUCUUUUGCUUCCUUUUCAAUUGUUUUAUUUUUUUCCUUUCAUUUUCAUUUUCAUUUUGCUUCCUUUUCAAUUUCUUUUUUUUUGCUUCCUUUUCAUUUUUUUCUUUUGUUCAUUUUUUUUUGCUUCAUUUUCAUUUGUUUUUUUUUUUCAAUCUUUUUUUGUUUUUUUUUUCUUUUGUUUUCAUUUGUUUUCAUUUUGUUCUUUUUCAUUUUAUUUUUUUUUUUUUCAUUUCUUUUUUUUUUUUUCCUUUUCAUUUCAUUCUUUUUGCUUUGUUUUCAUUUGUUUUCUUUUUACUUUUUUCAUUUGUUUUCUUUUUUUUUUUUUUCAAUUGUUUUUUUUUUGUUCCUUUUCAUUUCAUUUUAUUUUUUCUUCCUUUUUUUUUUUUUUUUUUGCUUGUUUUUCUUUGUUUUCAUUUUUGCUUCAUUUUCAUUUGUUUUCUUUUUUUUUUUUUUUCAAUUGUUUUCUUUUGCUUCAUUUUCAUUUGUUUUCAUUUUGCUUUCUUUUUUUUGUUUUUUUUGCUUCAAUUCAAUUGUUUUUAUUUUUGUUCCUUUUCAUUUGUUUUCUUUUUUUCCUUUUCAUUUUUUCUUUUGCUUUUUUCAUUUGUUUUCUUUUGCUUCAUUUUUUAUUUUUUUUCAUUUUUUUUUUCCUUUUUUUUUUUUCUUUUUCUUUUUUUUUUUUUUUUCUUUUUUUUUUCAAUUUUUUUCGUUCAUCCUUUUCAUUUGUUUUAUUUUUGCUUCUUUUCUUUUUUUUCUUUUUGCUUCCUUUUCAUUGUUUUCGUUCAUUCCUUUUCAUUUGUUUUCUUUUUCCUUUUCUUUUUUUUCAUUUGUUUUCAAUUUUGCUUCCUUUUCAUUUGUUUUAUUUUUUCAUUCCUUUUCAUUUUCAUUCCUUUGA